AUGGCAAACCAUUCUGUCCGGCUGCCUAUGCGCAACCGAACCGGCCCUCAGCGUCCCAAAAUCAACGGCGAUGAAAACGCAACGAGUAGACAUGUCCGACAAUCUUCAAGCGUUGCUAUUCAAGGUGUCUCGCGUCUCCCGCACGCCGCUGUCGCCGCUGCAAAAACUGGCCCUCAACGUCCCGCUCUCAGCGAAGUGACUACGACAGCCGUCAACCGCAAAGAAAACGUUAACAAGUUUAACGGUAAUGGCAAGGAGAAGGAAGUCGCAGAGGUUGGUACUAAACGUACUCGCUCCUCAGCUGCGGUCGUGGCCGGGCCUCAGAGGGUGCCUUUGAACUCCACUAGGGCUGGUCCAGUAGCUCCCACUGUGACCUCUGUUCACACCCGAUCGUCCUCAAUACGCGUGCAACGACCUCAUGUUCCAGCACGGGUUGCUCACCGCGUCCCGGUCCCUGUUCCUCAGGAAUACCUCCCACCCAUGGCGACCGAGGAUCUCGAUGGUGAAGAUGAUGACAUGGAUAUUGAGGAGCAGCAGAUUGUCGUCCAGUCAUCCUCCGCCGACCAAAUGAACUCGCUCGAUGCAGAGCAGGAGGUCAAUAUGGAGGCCGCUGGUUAUGAUGAAGACCUCGAGCUGGAAGUUGGGGAUUUCGUUGCCAAAUCGCAGCGCGUAUGGCCAGAAGUCAAUACGGAACGCGCUGAACGGUACAGACGAGAGGUCGACGAGAUUCGGGAAAGUUUUGAUGAUCCCGUUGAUGAAUACGACAUGACGAUGGUCUCCGAAUACUCAGAAGAGAUAUUCGAGUAUAUGACCGAGCUCGAGGAGGACGUCAUGCCAAACCCUGACUAUAUGGACGGCCAGAGCGAAAUUACUUGGGCAAUGCGUCAGACGCUUGUGGAUUGGCUCUUGCAAGUACACUUGCGAUACCACAUGCUUCCUGAAACCCUCUGGACUGCAGUUAAUAUUGUCGAUCGCUUCUUGAGCAAACGAGUCGUUUACAUCCUCAAGUUGCAGCUCGUUGGCGUUAUUGCAAUGUUCAUCGCGGCGAAAUACGAGGAAAUCCUCGCGCCUUCGGUUGACGAGUUCGUCUAUAUGACGGAGAAUGGCUACACGAAAGAGGAAAUUCUGAAGGGCGAGCGGAUUGUGUUGCAGACACUUGACUUCAAGAUCAGUCAUUACUGCUCACCGUAUAGCUGGAUGCGCAAGAUCAGCAAAGCCGACGACUACGAUAUCCAGACACGCACCUUGAGCAAGUUCCUCACGGAGGUUACGCUACUAGAUCAUCGAUUCCUAAGGGUCAAACCUAGCUUAGUGGCGGCUAUAGGAAUGUAUACUGCGCGAAGGAUGUUGGGUGGGGACUGGAAUGAUGCGUUUGUGUUCUAUUCCGGCUUUACGGAAGAACACCUCUUCCCUGGUCACCAGCUCCUUAUUGACAAACUCACCGAGGCGGGUUUCACAAAGCAACAUGUCUGCCAGAAGUACGCGAACAAGAAAUUCCUGAAAGCAUCAUUGUACGCCAUCGAGUGGGCGCGUUCACAUAUCGAGGACGAUCUACCGAGAGAGAUGAACGUCGAAGCAUAA